CAGAAGAUGGAGAUCCAUUUGCCUAGUGUGCCAUUGAUGAAAAUCUUCUCCUAUCUGGAUGCCUACAGUUUGCUACAGGUUGCCCAAGUAAACAAGAACUGGAAUGCACUUGCAAGCAGUAAUGUCCUGUGGAGGAAGUUGUGUCAGAAGAGAUGGCUCCUCUGUGACAAGGAUACCCUACAGCUCCUGGGCACAGAGACAUGGAAGGAGUUCUUCAUUUGCCGAAUAUGGCAAGAACAUGCCAAGACCCAGGCAAUUCGAGAAGAUUUCAUUUACAAGGAAAUUCCUUUGGAGUGUGGAGUUCGGGCAUAUACAUGUUAUAUCUGACAAGGGAGGCCAGUUGUCUGUAUGAUAACUUCUGUGAACAGGAUUUCUACCUGGGAUAUUCAGGAGGGUGUUCUGACCUGGGUAAGCCCAGUACGGCAAGUCGGUAUCAAGCUGUUGACUACCCUCCCUGAGAUACACAUUGCAGUCACUGUAGAUAUAGAAUCAACUAUCAAACUGUGGGACUGUCACAGCAGGGAAGCUCUGGCAACUAACAACCUGUCCUCUCCAUGUAAAUCACUGAAAGCUGUCAUUACCAAGGAUGGCCCGAUUGUCUUGGCAGGUGAUACCUUGGGUAACCUCUACAUCUUUAGGAUUCCUGACUUACACCUCAUUUCCAAACUCAAAGUAUUCCGAUGCAGUAUUAAUGAACUCAGCUGCUCUCCUCAGAAGAAAUGGGUCUUUCUGAGUAAGAAACACCCACAUAUCUUGCCAAAGGUGUUUUACAUGAACAGCUUACUGAGGACAUCAGAAUUCUCUGACCCAGUGUCUACCAUUCUCGAAUUUUCAUUAUCCAAAAGAGCAUUCUGGACCCCAAGAAGGGAAGACAGGAUAACCCUGAUGUCCAUACGUGGCACCCAAAAGAUCACAAAGUUUAUCACAUUUGAUAUGAAGCUGGAAGAGAUCUGGAACAAAAUAAGUGUUAAAGAACAAUUCAUUGCAAGCUUCUCAUUGCCAGAAUAUGUGGGGAGACCAGAAUGGAUGGGAGUCAGUGAUAAGGAUACGAUUGUUUGUUCAACUGGAUCCUCUCUCUUGCUCUUCAACAUAAAAGGUGUCCAUCUGCAGACAGUUGUGUACUACACAGACUGGAUCUUGAGACUGUGGGUGGACCCCGUUCAUGUCAUUGUCACCUUUAACAAUGGUUCUUUGGAUGUGUACGAAUGGGAGGAGAGACGCCCACAGCUCAGGAGGUGUUAACGGCUGCAAAGCAGGAGAUGGCUACCACAGCAAGGCUUCAUUAACAAAACACUAUGUGAUGACUUGAGCAUAAUUCGAGUGAUGACAACUCAUUCCAUCCCCAGCUUUCUGAUGGCAUAUAUCUUGACAUCUGCGUUUAAAAACUGA